CGAUCCCUCAACCAUUGAGUUGUUUACAUCAACAAUGUCUUGUGUCAAUGAGCAAAUUAGAUACAAAAUGGUUUAUUUAACCAUUUUGUUCAGUAACUGUAAAUUGGUACUGUGCAAUAAACUAUUAAUUUAAUUUGUUUUAAUAUGUUUAAUUGUAAUCAAUGGCAAAUUAUCUUAGUUUUACAUUUUGAGCAAAUGUAAACUCUGAUUAUAUCAACUACAGUAUUGUCUUGAAUUUUAUUUUAUCAAUGGUCAUUUAAAUUGAUCUUAAAGUGACAAUGAAUCUUUCAUCUAAAGAACUGGAAAGCAUUGAAAAGAUAAUCUCUUUGGUGCAAAAAAAAUCUGACAAAGAAGAUGAGAAGGCCAAAUUUUUAGCCGAGUUUGGACUUUUAAAGGUUGGAGACAAUUCAAGGAGUCAAUAUUCAAAUGAGGAUGCAAUCAAUCAAACGAACCCCGAUGCAAAUAUAAACCCUGACAUGUUGAUCAAUUCAAUACCAGAUGAAACAAAAAUCUAUCAUGGAAUUGAUGUUGCUGCAAGGAAGCUAAAACGCAAAUAAUAUAAAUAUAUACAAAUAUUAUACACGCAAAAGCACGAUGGAAAUCACAAAUGUAAUCUCGACAAUUUUUACCUGUUUUACCAAUCUUUGAUUGUGGAUUAAGUUUACUAAUUUAACUUAUGCUGGUUCAUAAUAAUUACUAAAAUGUCUUGUUAAAACUUCAGCCUGUCUGUGACGAAUUUUUAUUUGCUUGCAAAAUCAAAAGAUUGGUGGAGCAGGAAGAUUCUUACGGCAACCUUUUUGGGUUAUUGAGAAAACGGAAAUAAUCAAAAAAGAUCGGAGAAAAUCCAUUAGUAAAAUCUCAUGAGAACGAUUUGAAUCGGACGCGAUUCUACAAUCUAAUAUUCAUUUUUUGCUAUCUCAAAUAAUUCUUAGGAUAGCACAGGAGGUAAAUGAGAUGUAACACCAAUCUAAUACUGAUUAUAGAUGCACUCGUGGCAAUUUCAAAAUGUAUGGAGAUUUUGGCCUAGCAGAUGAUACUAAAUCAAAUUAGACACUUGUAAGCUGGUAAUAACUUGGCUAAUAGUCAUUUGCGGGUGGGAUUCAGAAGACAAAUGUUUAUUAACUAUUAUUAAGUUGUAAUUGUAUUAUAUUUAUACUGUAUUAAUAAAAAACAAACCAGUAAGACUGAUGAAUUAGUCUUUCUGCUUUCAUUAAUUUACUCUCUCAUUUCAUUGAAUUUUCGGUCAUCAUUUUCGUAUUUUUUCUGUUUUCUCGAUUGAUCCAAUUGUAUGUCUGAGUGUUCAACUCUAUUGUCAUUAUCAAUGUGUAUCAAAUGAUUUCAAUUCAGAAUUCGAUAAUAACGAACAGGUAUCGAAAUUCAGAUCAAUGAAAUCUCAAUAGUUCUCAACAUGUUGAUAGCAACAAACAGUUGAUUUUUUGCGUCACCAUCGUGAUGCAUGCAAAAAUAAACAAAACAUUGUUGAAGUAACAAAGAUUAAUCUUGUAAAUUUGAAUUUUCCGAAAAUGUCAACAACUCGGAGCUCCACUGGAAUCAAAGGCAAAACAAGUACUCAACAACCAACCAAAAAAACAAUUAGUAAGCCUUCAACUGUUCAAGAUAGACCUAAUUCUCGUGUUCCUUCAAGAAUCAUAGUUUCAAAUAACCCAACCAAGCCUAAGGAUGUUGAUAAUAAGCCCAUCAAAACUACUAAUGUCAAUAGUAAAGUGAAUGUUCAGACCAAAACACAAACACCAACACGACCUACGAUUGAAACUAGACCAAAGACAAAAGUGAUAUCAAAAACUAAUGCUGCAAACACAGGGGCACAAAACACUGGUCCCAAAAUAAACGAGAGACGAUUGUCAAGAGUUGAAACUAAAACUGCGACUAAAUCAAGACCUACAUUGAGUAAAACAGUUAUCAUUCAAUCGGAAAACUCAAUCAAAGCAGCAGUUAACGGUGAUAAAACGACAGAAAGAGCAAAAACAGUAAAUAAAAGAUCCAUUGUGGUCAAUAAUUCGUCUGUAUCAGCAACAAGUAAAGGCCAAAAACAACAACGUCAAGCAGAAGUGCCCGAUACUAGAUCUAAAAUAGAUCAAAUUGUUUCUGAUCGACCGAUUUCUUCCAUUCGACUUACUGAACCACAGGUUAAAGAGGAAACAAUUAAACCGAAAGAAGAAUCAAAACCAAAACCCAAACCUGAACCCAAACCAAAACCCAAACCUGAACCCAAACCUGAAGUGGAAGAUUCAAUAAAAACUGAUGAAGAAGAUACAACGACGGAAGCAGAUUAUUCUGAUGAUUUUGAAGAUUAUGAAUCUGAUUUUGAGGAAUAUGAAAGCCAAGAGGAAGACGAAGUUAAAUCUACCGAAGUCUCGUUGUCAAAUGAAACAAACAAAUCCAUAGAUUUGAAAAAAGUGAAACUAACGGCAUUGACUGUCCCAUCCAUAGCAAAGGUUCAUGGUCAGAACAACCAGCAACCUACAUUGGUGGCCUCAAAUGAAGAAGCCGCACGAAUAAAAUGGGAAAUAACAUUACCAUCACCUAAAGUAAAUAUUAAUGACGAGAUAAAUGAAAACAAAGAAUCAUUGCAAGAACAGAGAAAUGUAAAAUUUAAGGAUGACGCGUCCGAUGUAGCUAAUGUUUUAAGCCGGUUACUUGGUCCGAAAAAUGUUAAACAUUUGGGUAGCCAAACAGUAGAAAAAUCGGAAGCUUCAUGUCAAUCAGAUGAAAUUCAUGUAAAUAAUAAGAGUAUUCAGUGUCCAGCUCGAUCAAGUACAUCAAAUAUUUACGACCAAAGUAAAAUUAUGAUAGACAAUAAUAUUGACAUCCUUCGGUUAUCACACUUCCUAGAGAUUGGAGAGAAAAUAACAAAAAAUUUAAUCACAAGCAAUACUCAUGGUGAUCAGAAUAAAAUUCAAAUAGCUAAUUCGAGAAACGCGUCUGGGAUCCCAAAAAGUGAUAGACUAAUUAUUUCAUACCAGUUUCCUGAGAGUUAUAAGACCUUCCAAUUGAAUAACCUUAUAACUGACGGGCGUUAUGUUUAUGCUGUAACCAGUUAUGAUUUUGCCAACGGAAUCUACUUGGGUAAUAGUGGAUCUGUAGUUCUGAUUUGGAGCCUACUUGAGCCAAGAUCGUGCGAAUUUAUGUUAUUUUGUAAAUUUAUGUUGACUCAAAUUGUUACUGAUAAUGAAUUUUUGGUUGUUGCUGGGUCAUCCGAUGGAUCUUUAAUAGCAUGGGACUUGCGUGAACCAUCGCACUUUCAUAAUCAAAUGAAUAAACCAUUUCUUGAAUUUAACCCGAAUCAUCCUUUAAGAAAUCCAUCAUUUACGACUGCAGUUGGUAAACAUUCAGAUCAUCAUCAAGAUAGGAUCCUUCAGCUCUUUUAUCGGUAUGAAGUGAAUGAUGAUACAGAAGCCAGGCGGAUUAUAUCCCUUGAUGAAUUAGGAAAAAUUAUUGUCUGGUUGAUAGUUGAAUCAUAUGCUGAUGACCAUUCUUCGCAGCAAAUAACAGAUGGACUAAGGCCUGGAAGCUGUGUGAGGUUACAGAUUGCAAUGACGUUACAUCUACCAAAUAACUAUAUUAUCACAGACGCAUCAAUAACUUGCAUUGACUGUUCUCCGAGCGACUCUUGGAAUUAUCUUAUUGGAACCAAUCUCGGGUCUAUUUUAAGAUACUCAAAAUACCUUGAUAAUUUAUCUGAUCCUCUGGAAGUAGUAAAAUACACAUAUCUUUCAGAUGAAAUUCACCAUCCAACGACUUGUGUAGUUUAUCAUCCCAAUCCAGAGAGUGAUUUAUUCCUAGCUGGUUACAUGGAUGGUUCCAUCUGCAUUUUUUCGAUCAAAUACGAGUUUCCAAGUCGUAUAUUAUUAGCAGAAGACACAGGAUAUUCGACUAUUGUUAGCUCUUUUUGGCUUUCGAUGGAUUCUGAAUUAUUUCUGGUUUUAGAUCACACCAAGGGUAUUUCCAUUCGCGACGCAAAGGGUGAAAACCAAAGCUUGUUUGAACACCAGAAUCCAAAUGAAAGGAUUCUCUUUGUUACCAAAAGCUUGAUUAACCUGGAUGACUAUUUUCUGGUAAAUAGACUUGAAGUAAUCCUUUCAAUCUUUGAUAAAAUCCUUGCAUCUUUGAUUCACAGGUUUAUGGCUUGGAAGAUUCAUCAAUUGUUGGCCUCAAUCUGUCUAACCAAAUCCUGAAUUGUUGAUGAUAAGGUAUUAUCAGACUUACAGACUUAUUGUUAAUUAAUGACCAGAAUUAAAAGGUAACAUGACUAUUUUGA